AAGGAAGGAUAAUCAACAAGAAAUCCCCAAAGUCUCAAUAAGUUAUAAAUUCAGCCAUAACCCUCUCCAAUUUCCAACAAAAUCGCCAAUUUUAGGCUUUGUUUUUCCUGGAUUUGAGAAAUUUCGUUCGACAAUAACGAGAAAAGAAGAUGGCGAAUGAACAAGUGUUCAUUGGGUCCAUCGAUCAAGGAACGACAAGCACUAGAUUCAUCAUCUAUGAUAAGCAAGCUCAACCCAUUGGAUCUCAUCAAGUCGAGUUCUCGCAGUCCUGCCCACAAGCAGGGUGGGUCGAACAUGAUCCAGUGGAGAUUCUUGAAAGUGUGAAGAUUUGUAUAGCGAAGGCCAUCGAUAAAGCAACAGCUAAUGGUCACAAUGUUGAUAAUGGUCUCAAAGCAAUUGGUAUCACGAAUCAGAGGGAAACGACUGUUGUUUGGAGCAAGUCUACUGGGGUUGCUCUUUAUAAUGCCAUUGUUUGGAUGGAUGUUCGAACCAGUUCAAUUUGCAGGAAAUUGGAGAAAGAAUUAUCAGGGGGGAAAACCCAUUUUCUAGAAUCAUGUGGUUUGCCUAUAAGCACAUAUUUCAGUGCAUUGAAGCUCUUAUGGCUGUUGGAAAAUGUAGAUGCUGUGAAAGACGCUGUUAAGAAAGGGGAUGCUCUUUUUGGAACCAUAGAUUCUUGGUUGAUCUGGAAUUUAACUGGAGGUGUUGAUAAUGGUGUACAUGUGACUGAUGUCUCUAAUGCAUCAAGAACCAUGCUUAUGAGCUUGAAAACACUCGAUUGGGAUGGAUCUACAUUGGAAACACUAAAGAUUCCCAAGGAGAUUUUACCGAAAAUUGUGAGCAAUGCUGAGGUUAUUGGUCAUGUAGGAAAAGGAUGGUUGAUUCCUGGAAUUCCAAUUUCUGGAUGUUUAGGUGAUCAACAUGCAGCAAUGUUGGGUCAAUCUUGUAGGAAAGGAGAAGCCAAAAGCACUUAUGGAACAGGUGCUUUUAUACUUCUUAAUACAGGCGAAGAAGCGAUUCAAUCAACACAUGGGUUGUUGACCACUUUAGCCUUCAAGCUUGGAAAAGAUGCUCCUACAAAUUACGCUCUGGAGGGCUCAAUUGCCAUUGCUGGAGCUGCUGUUCAGUGGCUCAGAGACAGUUUAGGGAUCAUUAGUUCAGCUAGUGAAAUUGAAGAUUUGGCUUCAAAGGUUGACUCAACUGGUGGUGUUUACUUUGUUCCAGCUUUCAAUGGGCUUUUUGCACCAUGGUGGCGUGAUGAUGCCCGUGGUGUUUGCAUCGGGAUUACUAGGUUUACAAACAAAUCUCAUAUAGCCAGGGCUGUUCUUGAAAGUAUGUGCUUUCAAGUGAAAGAUGUGUUGGAUUCAAUGCAUAAAGACGCCGGUGAGAAGGGGGAAAUCAAAAACGAAAAGGGACAGUUCUUGCUUAGGGUGGAUGGAGGGGCAACCGUUAAUAACACUCUUAUGCAGAUUCAGGCUGACUUAUUGGGUAGCCCGGUGGUGAGACCAGCAGACAUUGAGACAACAGCAUUGGGUGCAGCAUAUGCAGCUGGUUUAGCGGUUGGAGUUUGGACAGAAGAAGAGAUAUUCUCAAACGGCGAGAGAAUGAAGAAAGACACCACUUUCAAUCCUGUCUUGAAUGAGGAGUUGAGAAAGAAGAAAGUAGCCUCUUGGUGUAAAGCAGUGGAAAGAACAUUUGAUUUGGCUGAUUUGUCCAUCUAAACCAGAAAACCGCAUAGAAAACCGCAUUCAACAGCUUUUCUUUUCUUUUCUUUAAAUUCCCUUUCUUCAUUACAAAGUUUACUUAGAUUACUUGGUGCAUAAACAUUAUGUUCAAUCUAUCUUUGUUUAUAUUACAAGUGUUGGUUUUCAUUUCUC